GGGCGCAGAGCAGCGCGGCGGCGGUGGCGGAGGAGGAGGAGAGGCGCCUGCGAGGCGGCGAGUGCUGAGGCGCGGGCCCUGAGCGAGUGGCGCGAGCUCCGGGCCUCUCUCAGCCGCGGCCGUUGCGGAGCGCGCUCCUUGCGGCCUCAACAUGGACGAAGAGGGCGGUGGAGGUGGCUGCGUGCCUGAUGACCUCUCCAUAGAAGAAAGAGAAGAGCUUUUAAAUAUUCGUCGCAGGAAAAAAGAAUUGAUUGAUGAUAUUGAGAGAUUAAAAUUUGAAAUUGCUGAGGUUAUGACAGAAAUUGAUAAUCUGACUAGUGUAGAAGAAAGCAAAACUGCUCAAAGAAAUAAGCAAAUAGCCAUGGGAAGGAAGAAAUUUAACAUGGACCCUAAGAAGGGAAUACAGUUUCUGAUAGAAAAUGACCUCCUGCAGAACACUGCAGAAGACAUUGCACAGUUCCUUUAUAAAGGAGAAGGAUUAAAUAAAACGGUAAUUGGAGAUUACCUCGGUGAAAGAGAUGAAUUUAAUAUUAAAGUUCUUCAGGCUUUUGUUGAACUCCAUGAGUUUGCUGAUCUCAAUCUUGUACAAGCCUUAAGACAGUUUCUGUGGAGCUUCAGACUCCCAGGAGAGGCUCAAAAAAUUGACCGUAUGAUGGAAGCUUUUGCUUCACGCUACUGCCUUUGUAAUCCAGGAGUCUUCCAGUCUACAGAUACAUGCUACGUGCUUUCAUUUGCGAUCAUUAUGCUGAAUACCAGUCUGCACAACCACAAUGUAAGAGAUAAACCAACCGUAGAGAGGUUUAUUUCUAUGAAUCGUGGAAUUAAUGAAGGUGGAGACCUUCCAGAAGAAUUACUACGGAAUUUGUAUGAAAGUAUAAAGAAUGAGCCAUUUAAGAUCCCAGAGGAUGAUGGAAAUGAUCUAACGCAUACAUUUUUCAAUCCAGAUAGAGAAGGCUGGCUGCUGAAAUUAGGGGGAAGAGUAAAAACGUGGAAACGGAGAUGGUUUAUUCUGACUGAUAAUUGCCUGUAUUACUUUGAAUACACAACAGACAAAGAACCAAGAGGAAUUAUUCCAUUAGAAAAUCUUAGCAUAAGAGAAGUUGAAGACCCUAGAAAACCAAACUGCUUUGAGCUCUACAACCCUAGUCAUAAAGGUCAGGUAAUUAAAGCGUGUAAAACUGAAGCUGAUGGUAGAGUGGUGGAAGGCAACCAUGUAGUGUACAGAAUAUCUGCUCCCACCCCAGAGGAAAAGGAAGAGUGGAUUAAAUCUAUCAAAGCAAGUAUUAGCAGGGGUCCCUUUUAUGAUAUGCUGGCAACAAGGAAACGAAGAAUUGCAAAUAAGAAAUAGAACAUGAUCAGCAGCUUUUAUACCUGCCUCAACCUAUAAAUGAGCAUACAGUUGAAUGAUAAUGUAAAAAUUGGACAAACUAAAUGAAGAUGAGAACUGUAAUUUUUUAUAUGUAUGUACACUUUAUUAUAACAUAAAAAACUUGGCAAGACCUUUCAGGGUAAACAGUUAUUGGCAUAUGAUUUCAAGUAUGCUUUAAAUCUCAGAGGAUGAUUAUACUGGAACUUAAUUCAACUGAAAACAUGGAAGCCUUGUUUUUACUCAUAUUAGCUACAGCUCCAGUUUACUUGGGUUGGGAGGGAAGGGAUUUGAGCCUAAUAGUAAAAUGUCCUAUAGCUGUUAUUUGAGCAUGUGUCCCAUAAAAGGAGGAGCGAUUGUAAGACUUUAAUCUCUCAUUAAAAUGCAGCACAGAAAGUG